UCUCAUCACUUGUGACAUUCAAGUGCCGGUUGAACUGACUGUUGACUUCUACUAAAAGCAUUCAUAUUUUGUCAUUAUAUGAUGAAAAGUGGUGCAUUUUGGUUCGCUUGUUUUAUUACUGCACAUAAUGGCAAAAUAAGCGAACCCAAUGAGUCGAAAAUUUUGAUCUUUGUUUUAUUACUGACCAACUUGACGGUCAUAUUAUCGUUCUUGCUUUGUAGAAAUCUAACAGCAUCCUCACUUUUUCCUUCCCCGAUAUUAAUUGCCUAUGUGGAGGCUGAUGAAUUAAUGUUUCUAUGCAAAUUGUACGUGCAAGUAUAAAUAGUUCAGUUUGCAUAAACUAUAGUCUUAAUCAUAGAUAAUAUGAAUAGCCAACGUGGAAGCUCAUGGAUUAAUGUUUGUAUGCAAAUUGUACGUCCAAAAAGGCUUUAAUGAUUCACUGUGCUUAAAUUAUAAACUCAAUCAUAGCAAUGCUUCCAUGUCUAAAAUUCUUUAUUUUAAAUAAUAAAAAUUAAAGAUGAAGUGGCUGAUGAUGCGGGGAGGGGAUUUAGUUGUUCCUCGUAUCUAUCGGUUGGGUUUGUAGCCAAUGGUCGGUCGGACUUCACCUUCUAAACCCGCGCCUCUUUGCUGCUGCUGCUACUCCCUCUCGUUGCACUCCGUUCUUGCAGCAGAUGGCGGUGCCCCGUCUUCUUCUCCACCUCGUCUACCCGACCUCGUCGUCCCUCCUCCUCGCCAACUGCAAGCCGUCGCCCCUACCUGUCCUCAACAUCGGCUGUAGCAGCAGAAGGAUCAGCACUGCCGCUGCGCAGCGCGACCCCCCGUCUGAGGCCGCCGUCGAUGACUUCUGGCGGUGGCUUUGUGAGCGGGGAGCGGUCGCCGCCUCAUCCGCCGCGACCGUUAAGCCUGGUUUCGUGCCGGAGGGCCUGGGCCUCGUGGCCCAGAGGGACCUCACCCGCAACGAGGUGGUGGUGGAGGUCCCCAAGAGGCUCUGGAUCGAGUCCGACACGGUGGUCGCCUCCGAGAUCGGGAGGCUGUGCGCCGGCCUCAAGCCCUGGGUCUCCAUCGCCCUCUUCCUCCUGCGGGAGAGGGCCCUGGGCACAGCCUCUCCCUGGCACCCCUAUCUCGACAUUCUUCCGCCCACUACCAAUUCCACUAUCUUCUGGUCAGAAGAGGAGCUUUCUGAAAUAGAAGGAACUCAGUUAUUGAGCACGACGAUGGGUGCUAAAGAGUAUGUGGAAAGUGAAUUUGUCAAAACAGAAGCGGAAGUGAUACUUCCAAACAAACAUCUCUUUCCUUCAGCUAUAACAUCGCUUGAUUUUCUGUGGGCUUUCGGAAUUCUCAGAUCAAGGGCCUUUUCACGUGGUCGUGGUGAAAAUCUUGCUCUUGUUCCAUUGGCUGAUCUUAUUAACCACAGUUCCAGUAUCACUCGAGAGAAUUCUUGUUGGGAGAUUAAAGGAAAGGGCAUCUUUUCUAGGGAACUGAUAUUCUCUUUACGAACACCAGUCCAUGUGAAAUCUGGUGAGCAGGAUGAAAAACUUAUGGAAGGGGAUAAUUUGGAUGAAAGACUUCGAAUCGCAGUUUGUGUAAGAGCUGGUGAGAAGAAAGUUCUCCAGCAGAUUGAUGGUGCUUUCCGAGAGAGAGAGUCCGAGUUGGAUAUUUUGGAGUAUUAUCACGAGAGGAGGCUCAAGGAUCUGGGACUGGUUGGGCAGCAAGGUGAAAUCAUCUUCUGGGAAUCUAAAUAGAACACCUGCACGCACCUUCUCUCCCAAUAUCUGAUUUCACAUGUUGUACAUGGAGACCACAGUGAACAGUUGCAUGCAGGUAAUUGAGAUAAUAAUGCAUUUGACACCAGAAUGCAGUUUAUCAUCCACAAUUGCAGUCCUGUAAGCAUCGGAUACUCUGUGAUGAUUUGAUUAAUUUCAUGUGUUCUAAUCCAACUGUGAUGUGUAUUCAUAUCGCCACAAAGAAACUGCAGACAGAUGGGCUCCACUGGUCUCUGUAAAUGCAAUGCAAAAACAGUAUCGUCCAAAUGGACAUGCUGCCGUCCCACCAACCUCAAGACGAAGCCGAGUGUGGAGACCCCCCUCAUUUGAUCCCUGCUUUCUCCAUGCCUCCCUCCAUGAACGUCCAUGACAAGGCAUGCUUUUGCUGGAAGAUGAAUCUGCUUGUUUUGUGACAAUUGCAGGGAGCAAGGAUAUCCUUUAAAGAUGUGGAAGUCUCAAAAGUUGCAUAAUCGCAUGAGAAAUGCUCGUGGUCUACCAGCUGAAAGCUUUAUCUAAUUGUACUCAGGUAUUCGUAGAUCCAACAGGUUUAUCAGCUGAUAGCUCAUCCCCUCUUAAUUUAAUCCUAAUUUAUAUUAUGGGAGGGUAUGGUGGUUAUAAAACGAGAUAAUAAGAGACAGAAAAAUGUAGUUUUUGACAGUCAUGUGAUUUCAAAGAAAAUAAGGAAAAGAAGACGGAAGAGAAAGAAAAAGAAGAAGACAAGGACAACACAAAGAGAUUGUUCUCAAUCAUUUAGUAGUGCUUUCAUCUCAUGUUAGAUCAGAUCUACAAUAAAUUUUUACUAUGAUUACUUGGGAAGAAUUAGGGAUGAUUUAGAUAUUAUGCACAGUGAUAUGCUCCUUGUAUCUCAAUUAUUCUAUUGUUGCUAGGGUUUUGGACAAAAGAUUGAGAUUUGUAUAUUCAUUAUUAUUAUAGUGGAUUAUCUUUAGUUUGUUCCA